CGAGCGGCGGGGCCUGAUUUCCCUUGUCAGGUUGCGCGGUGGAUUCGCUUGAGAGGGAGCCCGGUGGGGUCCUGCCUCUUGCCAGCCAGAAGGCACUGGGUAGAAGGGGCAGGCAACUUGAGAGGGACCUGGAUGCUUCCACCACUUAAACUUCUAUGUUCCUAGAUGAACUGAGAAACAAUAAACAAUCUGCUCUUUUUUUUUUUCCUUUCCUUUCCCCCCCUCCAGAGGUCUAUUGGAAUACUAAUGCAGAGAGGUGCUCUGGGGACAGCUGGCAGCGCCAUGGCUUCGAAAUACCUCAUUGUGGCUCUGGCCAUUUUCUCCUCUUUUACCCAGGUCGUAAUAGAAGCCAGCUCUUGGUGGUCUUUAGGUAUGAAUCCCAUGAACCCAAUGAACCCUGUUCAGAUGCCAGAGGUAUAUAUAAUAGGAGCACAGCCACUGUGUAGCCAACUAGCAGGACUUUCCCAAGGACAGAAGAAACUCUGCCAGUUGUAUCAGGACCAUAUGCAGUUCAUUGGAGAGGGGGCAAAGACUGGCAUUAAAGAAUGCCAGUAUCAGUUCAGACACAGAAGAUGGAACUGCAGCACUGUGGACAACAACUCUGUUUUUGGCAGAGUCAUGCAGAUAGGCAGCAGGGAGACUGCUUUUACUUACGCAGUCAGCGCUGCAGGGGUAGUAAAUGCAAUGAGUCGUGCCUGCCGAGAGGGCGAACUCUCUUCUUGUGGUUGCAGCCGAGCAGCCAGGCCCAAAGAUUUACCCCGAGACUGGCUCUGGGGUGGCUGUGGGGAUAAUAUAGAGUAUGGCUAUCGCUUUGCCAAGGAGUUUGUGGAUGCCCGGGAACGAGAGAGACUUUAUCAGAGAGGCUCUUAUGAGAGUGCAAGGAUCAUGAUGAACCUGCAUAACAAUGAAGCUGGAAGAAGAACUGUGUACAACUUGGCUGAUGUGGCCUGUAAGUGCCAUGGGGUGUCUGGUUCGUGCAGCCUGAAGACAUGUUGGCUGCAGCUAGCUGAUUUCCGCAAGGUUGGCGAUGCCUUGAAGGAAAAAUAUGAUAGUGCUGCUGCCAUGAAACUGAACACCCGGGGCAAGCUGGUGCAGGUGAACAGCCGCUUCAAUGCACCCACCAUCCAUGACCUGAUCUACAUCGACCCUAGCCCUGACUACUGUGUGCGAAAUGAGAGCACUGGGUCUCUGGGCACCCAGGGCCGUCUCUGCAAUAAGACCUCGGAGGGCAUGGAUGGCUGUGAACUCAUGUGCUGCGGCCGGGGCUAUGAUCAGUUUAAGACAGUGCAGAGAGAGCGCUGCCAUUGCAAGUUCCACUGGUGCUGCUAUGUGAAAUGCAAGUUGUGCACAGAGGUUGUGGACCAGUUCGUGUGCAAAUAGGGGGCGGAUGAGGUGGGAGAAACUUCUGCCUGCCUGCCAGCGAGGGGUGCUGCCUCCCCCAGAACUAUCUCCACUUUAUUUAUAGAGUCCAAUGAGUCGUCUUUUUAAAAAAAAUAAAGGUUGCAAAGAGAAACGACUGGAACCCUCUCUGCAUCCAUCCCAGAACUGUGCGUGGUUUAUAUUUUUGGCAAUAAUGGGGGAGAACCCAAGAAUAUUUAUUUUACAAAAAAAAAAUAAGACUUUUUAAACAAUAGUGUAGUUUGAGGGGAGAAUCCAUCAUAUCCUAAUUUAGUCCCUUGGGACAUACUACAUGUGCAGUAGGCAAAGAAACCAUGUUAUGUGCUUGGAAUGUGAAAAUGAUCCUUAUGGACACAGUCAUCCACAAAACUGUGCAUGAUUUUAGCUUCAGGUGACCAAAAAUAAUCAGAAUAGAUAUGUACAAAGCUGAUUGAUACAUCCAGAGAGUCCAUAAAAGGUGGGGUGGUUUGUUCACAGGGUCCAGCACAAAGUUACUUCAGUGCCAAUUGCAUAUCUGAAGUGUGCCAACUUUUAAAUGUGUAAUAUCUUUAAGGGUGAGAGCAUGUAAGAUUCCUAUACUAUUCAGGAUUUAACACUCUUGGUUCCAAUAGCUAGUAAAACUAUGGGAAAGGAAAUCCUGCCUUGAUUCAUGGUAAAGAUGCAUGGUGAAGCACAAUUUGGUCUGUUAGCUCUUCAGCUGAUUGCUUGUGGUGUGUGAGCUUUUCAUCUUCCUGAACAAUACCUUACCAAUAAAGAAUGUUGGGAGCUGGCGAGGUCUCUAUUUAACCAAACAGUGGUCUGCCCUGAUACAAAUUGUACCGCAGCAGCUGGUUUAUUCUCCCAGCCUGGAUAGCCCUUUAAAAUUAGAAUUCCCCCAGAUUUCAAAAUGCCCUUUAUUAAAUGGUGUGAUAGCUGGCCGCCUUUCAAAACACAGCUUGAUAAAUAACCCCUCUCAUUUUAUGGGAGGAAAUUAAUCAUUAGGCAUCCACUCUUGAAAUGGUUGGUUUAUUGUGGAUUAUGGGAAAGCUUUGACUUGAGGAGACAAUAGUUUAAUAUUUUAAUGGCGUUAAGUGGCUCUUAUAGUUCAAUGAAAUGUUGCAGCAAUACCAAAUUUAUCAUCCUAUGUCUUUAAUACACUUGCUUUAGAUAAUAUAUUGCAGGUAUACACAAACUGUUCAGACUAUACUUGAGCAGUUAUAUAUAUAUAUAUGGGAAAACUGUGGUCUGUUGGUGUCUGAUAUUUCAAAGCUUUUUGUACAUAUAUAUUUCAGUACAGACAGUGAUAUUUUUUUAAAAUAAAACUGCUAAAGUUACAGGGGUAUUUCAUCAGCUUUAAGCAUAUUAUUCCUCAUUUCCUUUUACAAAUCACUUUGAGAUUUAUUUUUAAAAUCAUUCUAGCCUUUUUGACAUUUAACUCGGAUUUAAGAAUACUUAAGUUGCAAAGAAGCAAGCUUUUUCUCAACUUAAGGGGCUUCGUGGGCUAUCAGGCAGAGGCAGAGCCGCACACUUGAAUUCACACUGGGUCAGAGGCUGCCUCUCUCUUUCCUGCAAGGCCAUUACUGAUUCUCACUGAAACAGUGAUGCCUUAAAAUUCUCUAGCAAGUUAUGCUGGGCCCUUUGUUGAUUUUACAUUUUUUGAGAGGAAAUCGGUACUUAUUAGAAUGAUUUCUUUGCUUCCCCUGAUACAGUGUACUUACCAAGCAUUUAUCAUUGGUUCAGACACCUCUUCCCAAUUCAUUCCCAUCCCAUAAAUAAAUUGGCUUUCAAUAACAGAUGUGGAAGGUUUUAAUCUUUGGCCUAGUUGUACUAAAGCCUUAACUUAUCACAAGCUUAUAAGCUGUAUCAUUAAGUUCAUCUUGAUCAUUUAUCAGCUUUUAAAAUGGCGCUUUAUUGCUCUUAAUUUAUUGUACAAGGACAUAUUUACCCCUCAUUUCCAGAUGUUUGCAAACAAAGUAUCUUUAAAAUAAAAAACAAAAUAAAGCACUAAUUCAUUGAAUAUGUCACUUUUGGUUUUUAUUAUACAAAAACCAUAGUCAUUUUUAUUUUGUUGAAUCGCCUCUUGUUCCCUUUUCUAGUGACUUGUGUCUGAGCAGAGCUGAGUCUAAUGAUCCUAGCUAUUAAAAUACUAUUUAAUGUAAAAUAUUUUACUUGUGUCAUUCAGAUAUGUAAAUCUUCUAUGACCUUUCCUCUGUUCUGUACAUUUAAUGUACAUAUUCCUGUCUUGUGUGAUUUGUAUAUUUCACUGGUUUAAAAAAAAUUGAAAGGAUUACGCCAUAAUGGAAGAUAGACUAUAAAAAUAAAACUUUGGUUGUAUAUUGGGAAGUGGUUUCAAUUAUCUCUCAGAGAAGGAUUUGUUAAAUCAAUGAACACCUUUGAUUUUUAAAUUUAUGACAUGGUAAAACGGGGAAGGGAUCCUUUGCCAAACACAAAGUUCGUCUUGGAGUUUUUAUUUCUAUGUUAAGAAGAUGUACGACUGUAACUAUAUUAAAAAAAAUUAAAAAGAAAGCUUGCAGCCAUGUACCACAAAGUGCUGCGUACCUGGUAAGGGACCCAGCUGACAAAUGGCUAAAGGGAUCAAUUUACUUUUUAGCAAUCAGUAUGUAGCUUUUACAAUUAGUAUCAGGAUAGGCUGAUUCUGUAAACACUCUUAAUUGCAUGACUAGUUCUUAUAUAAGAUCCCAUUGACUAUAGUGCAGUGCCCAGGGUGAGUAAAGGCUUCCACUGUCAGUAAGAGUUUGUAGGUCUGUUUUCUUAAAGCAGUUUCAUUUUGGGUUUCUUU